CAGCAGAGCUGGAAGGUGGACGCCGCUUCCAGAAGGUAAAUCCAAUAAGCUCCAGGGAACAGACGCGCUGCCGUCCGGCGGCUCACUUCGCUGAGGAGCACCGCAGCUCCCAACACCGCCAAGGAGACCCCCAGAAAUUGGUCAUUCAGGGACUCACCUGGCUGAGCUGUCCUUUGUUGCCCAGCAAAGAUAAUGACCUGAGACAGAGAAGAGCUGCCAUAUCUGAAGAAGCCUGAGGGGGAAGGACAAAAAAAAAGAACUGAUGAGGUGUGUGUGAGCAGGACGGAGGGUGUACCUGGGUGUGUAUGAGCCAAUGGCGUCCACGUUGAUCCAGCUGCAGUUCAGCCGGCUCCGUGGCCUUCGUGCCAAAGUGCUGCGGCGUUACGAACACCAGCCUUUAGUGUCUUGUCUGGCCGGUCUGUAUGGCUGCCGAUGGAGACGCUACGAGAGGAGCUGCACUCAGCCUGGAGACUGCUGCUGCAACAAGUUGGAAGGUGCCAGCUUUGCUCUGCUUGUGGCGGCUUUCUGCUUAACACUGGUGUUUCUCUACUUCUGGGGACAAGCAAAGAACGACUACAAUGACUUUGAUUGGUUUAACUUUGGGAACCUGGGCUUCUGGUUUCCCUGGUCUGUGGUGCUGCUGGUCAUCGCUGCAGGCUUCUUCACCUACAUCACGGUGCUCAUGCUGUUGGCUGUGUGUUUGCUGUCAGAGGGCCAGAAGCUGUAUUUACACUGGAGUCACAAGAUCGGGAUUCUGGUGAGCCUGACUUUCUCCAUCGUAGCCACUGCCGUCUUGUCCGACCUGUGGAGCAAAGAGUGGAAAACAUUACUCCUUUCCUUUCAGGUCACAGCACCUUAUUUACAUCUGGGUGGAGUCUUACUGAUGACAGCGCUCUCUUGGCCAAUUGCUUUGCAUUUCUUUCGCAUGAACAGCAGAGUGAGGCGUGGCCUGAUCAUUGGGGUGUACGUGACCGUCCUGUCGGCCCUCUACUUGGCCCCCCUCGGUUUGUAUUCUCCUUGUAUCAAAGAGAAGCAGACCCUGGGCCCCGCACCGGCCCUCAUUGGCCACAGAGGAGCACCCAUGCUUGCUCCAGAAAACACACUGAUGUCAUUUGAGAAGGCGGUGGAGGCAGGAAGUAAAGGCCUGGAGACGGACGUCACCAUCAGUUUCGAUGGGGUGCCCUUCCUGAUGCAUGACCGCACCCUGCGACGGACCACCGACAUCCACGAGGUGUUCCCCAACCGGACGGACACCCCGGCGGCCAUGUUCACCUGGGCUGAACUGGAGAGCCUGAACGCCGGGGCCUGGUUCCUGUCUCACAAUCCGUUUGGCACAGCUGGUUCUCUGGGAGCCGAGGACCGACAGCGGGCGGGGAACCAGUCUGUGUGCAGCCUGCAGGCCUUCCUCCAGCUGGCAGCUCACACGGGCAAACUGGUGAUCUUUGACCUCUACCGUCCACCCAGGGGUCACCCUUACAGGGAUACCUGGAUCCAACGCACGCUGGAGGUCGUCCAGAAUGAGUCUUCCAUUCAGUCCUCGCAGGUGCUGUGGCUGCCAUCAGAUCUGAGGGCUCUGGUGCAGGAAAUCGAUCCUGAGCUCCAGCAGACGUCUGGAAGUCGACUCCCUCUAGAGGAGCUCCAGAGUAACCACAUCAUCAAACUGAACCUGCACUACAGCUCCAUGUCCGCCGAGCUUGUCAGUGAGUACACCGCCGUGAACAUCACCACCAACCUGUACGUGAUCAGCCAGCCGUGGCUCUACUCUCUGGCCUGGUGCACUGGAGUCCACUCAGUCACCACCAACGCCCCCCAGCUGCUCAGCGCCAUGAGCUCCCCGCUCUUCCUCAUGAGUCCAGAUGAGUUCAACCUGAUGUGGAUUCUCACUGAUUUGCUGUCCCUUGUGCUGAUCCUCAUCGUCUUCAUUUUUCACUGGUGGCGAGAGCGAGGACUGGCCUUCUCCUCAGGCAGCAAAAUCACUGUGGACAAUGGAACUUACAGCAAAUUCAAAACAGAGAUGAGUGACAUAUGGUCAGUCACCAGCGCUAACUCGCAAGCAGAGAGGACGCCAAACCUGGCAACCGUCACAGAGCACUAACCUCCGCCUCUGAGAGGAGCCGACCUGGCAACACUGAGCCACAUACUGCCAACCUAAAACACACUGUGUAAAGUCAGUUUUGUUUUAAUGAAAUAAAGUGAUGGAAACAUUUCUUCACUUUGUUAGUAGCUGUUUUAUCAGCAUUCUGCACAAAAAUCGAAUGUUCUCGUCAGGUUGAACGUUAAGUGAUUUUACCUCAGAAAUGAAAAAGUUCGUUUAACAUUUUAAAUUUGGAUGGAUGCGUCCGAUCGCACUGCCUUGAGCCAAUGUACCUUUUUUUUUUUAUCCCUCCAUUAACUCUCUGAAUGUGCAGAGUCGUCCUUUGGCUUCUCUAAAAUCACAGCAGCACAUUAAAGAGAAAUUAAAUUCAUCCGUUCUUUGCAAAAUGUCAUUUAUUCAUGUCUACAUCAGGAUAUGUGGUCACAUCAUGGAUAAAACAAUUUCUCCUCAAUAAACAAGGUCCAAAAAAGUAAUCUGAUUAUUUCGUGGUGUUUAAAAAUCAGUGCUAAUGGUUCAUAUAUUUAGGGGGAAAAAAAAAAAAAAAAAGCCAAAUGAGAAUAAAAUCAUUCACCGUCUACAGGGACAUGUUCUAGAAACAGUCUAACUA